GUCAGCAGUCUCUGGUCAUCCCCUUCACUGUCUGCAGUCUCUAGAAAUCAAUGUACUGUCCGCAGUCUAGGUCAUCUCCUGUACUGUCUGCAGUCUCUGGUCAUUCCCUGUACUGUGUCCAGCAGUCUCUGGUUAUCCCCUGUACUGUCUGCAGUCUCUGGUCAUUCCCUGUACUGUCCGCAGUCUCUGGUCAUCCCAAUGCACUGUCCGCAGUCUCUGGUCAUUCCCUGCACUGUGUCCGCAGUUUGAACUGGUCAUCUCCUGCACUGUGUCCGCAGUCUCUGGUCAUAGAAUGCACUGUGUCCGCAAAAUACUUUACUCUGGUCAUCCUUUGUGACUGUGUCCGCAGUCCACUGGUCAUCUCCUGUACUGUGUCCGCAGUCUAUAGGUCAUCU